GGCCCGGCAGUUCAGCACAGCCCGGCCCGGGGGUCCCGCAGAGCGCGGCCGUGGAGGGUCCCAGACAGAUCCCCGAGGGAUCCAGGGGGAGUGCCAGGAGGGAAUCCAGGCGAAUUCCCUGGAAUUCCCCCUUUUCCCCUACCCCUUUUCCCCUCCCCCGCGCUCCCUCGGGCACUUUCGCUUUCGCGUCUCUCCGGCUGCUCCACAACCGCGAUCAGGGACGGCUGCGAUGGCUCCAGCGCUGGGGCUGGGGCUACUCUGGGGGCUCCUGGGACUCCUGGGGAACCCGGGGGGCGCGACCAAAGUUCUCCACUCUCUGCGUUACCUGAAAUUGGUGGUGUCAGAGCCCAGCCCAGGGGUCCCCCAGUUCUUGGCCACCGGGUUCAUGGAUGGGAUCCCCUUCGUGCGCUACGACAGCGAGCGGGGCUGGGCGGAGCCGCUGACGCAGUGGAUGAAGGACAGAGCCGAGCCAGGAUAUUGGGAGGAGGAGACCCAGAAGUUUGUGGAACACCAGCACACAUUUGUCAAAGACCUGGAGACACUGCGGGAGCGGUACAACCAGAGCAGGGGUCUCCACACGAGGUUGCGAGUUUCUGGCUGUGACCUUCUGUCCGAUGGGAGCAUCCGUGGAUCCCACAUGGAUGGCUACGACGGGCGGGAUUUCAUCUCCUUUGACCUGGAAUCCGGGAGAUUCGUGCCGGCCGACAGCGCUGCUGAGAUCACCAGGAGGCGCUGGGAAAAGGAAGAGGUGGCUGAGAGGCGGACGAAUUACCUGAAGCACGUCUGCCCGGAAUGGCUCCGGAAAUACGUGGGAUAUAGGGAGAAGGAGCUGGAGCGCAAAGAGCCCCCUGAUGUCCAUGUAUCUGGAAAAGAGGAACAUGGGACGCUGAUCCUGUCCUGCCACGCGUACGGAUUCUACCCCAAAACCAUUGCAGUCAGCUGGAUGAAGGGGGGUGAUACCUUGGAUCAGGAGACGGAGCGGGGCGGGAUCGUUCCCAACAGCGACGGCACCUUCCACACCUGGGCCAGGAUCGAGGCGCUGCCGGAGGAGCGGGAGCAGUACCGGUGCAGGGUGGAGCAUCCCGGCAUGCCAGAGCCCAGGAUCUUCGCUUGGGAGCCGACAUCUGGCGGGAAUCUCACCGUGGUGGUCGCUGUGUCCGUCAUCGCUGCCAUCCUCAUCCUCAUCAUCCUCAUCGGAUUCGGCGUCUGGAAGCUCCAAUCCGGGAGGAGGGACAGGAGUGGAUACAACCCAGCAGCCGGGAAGGAUGUGGGAACCAAUGGCUUGGCCACAGGAAUCACUGCCUGAGCGAUCCAUAGAGCUGGAUCCAGCCCCCUCCCUCUUCCCAGGAAAGCUGAGAGCUGCCAGCAGAGCUCAUCCCACUGCUCCCACCCACCCCACAGCUCUUGCUAACGGAUCCAUUUUCCAACGGGAGUAUUUGUGGUUCUUGCUUUAAAGGCAAGAACCACAAAUGCUCACAGUGCUUCACUUCUGGUGUGAAAUUAUUCUGCUUUGGGCAAUAAAUCCUCCUUUGGGCAAUAAAUCC